UAUGAUCCAAGCUCAGGGUACCGUAUUUUCCAAGCUCAGGGUACCGUAUGAUCCAAGCUCAGGGUACCAUAUGCUCGAAGUUCAGGAUACUGUAUGUUCCACACUCAGGGUACUGUAUGUUACACAAUCAGGGUACCGUAUGAUCCAAGCUCAGGGUACCGUAUGUUACACACUCAGGGUACCGUAUUUUCCAAGCUCAGGGUACUGUAUCCUCCAAGCUCAGGGUACUGUAUCCUCCAAGCUCAGGGUACCGUAUGCUCGAAGUUCAGGGUACUGUAUGUUACACACUCAGAGUACUGUAUGUUCAAAUCUCAGGGUACUGUAUGUUCAAAUCUCAGGGUACCAUAUGCUCGAUGUUCAGGGUACUCUAUGCUCCAAUCUCAGGGUACUGUAUAUUACAAACUCAGGGUACUGUAUUUUCUACACAGUUGGAUGUUUCCACAAAACCUGGUCAUGAAAUGAGUUGAAUGCGAAGCGUCAGGGCUGUUGAAGCUCACCGAACUGCUCUGCCAGUCCACACACUUCUUAUGUCAGUGGUGUCCAGAAUGUGGCAUUAGUCUUCAGUCAAAUGCAAUAAAAUAAACCAGAACUAGAAAACUGUCAGUGGAAAUAGUUCUCUAUGCGAACAAAGAUAAUCUCAAGACUCUCAAGACAACCGGCAGAGUUUAACUUCAAGUUUGCGUGGCUCUAGUUCUAUAUUUACCACUGAACAAACAAAAACACUCAUCAUGUUCAAUACAAUGUUAACUUUGCUCUCAAUGAGCUAGAAAUACGGCUAGUUAAAGUUAGCAAAGGGAUGCUAUCAGUGGUAACAUAUUGUUGACAUGAUAUUGUUGACAAAGAUGAGAUGGAAAAUCUUUCCAUUGCAAACGAAGGUGAAAAUAAAGCUGGUGUUUUGUGGUAAACACCCGGAUUAGUAAGGUUUACAGGAAAUAAUCUUGUCCUGAGCUUGUGUAUUUCUUGUUUUCUUCUUGUUUUUGUGUAGUUCAGUUGAUUUGGACACCUUUGGUUACUGAAGUGUGUAUACAUAACAUGGAACAACAACAACAACAACAAAAAACAUGGCAGUGUCCUGAAAGUGAUAUUACACAUUCACCAUGGAAACAUGUAUGGCUUAAUGGCUAAAUAAUAAAUAAUAAACUGUUUCUGGACUGAUAUAAAGUGAAUGAAUUACUCAUAUGUCGUUUAAAAGGUAUAUUUCAGUCAUAAAUUUGAUGUAAAGUGCAUUAACUCUGUGUGAAAAGAGCUAAAGAAGCUUUAGCUUAAAUCUUUAGCCUUUAUGUUCCACCUCAGUAAUCUGGAAAAAUCCUCCUCCCGCCUUUUUAUUUGCGACUCGAACGCUGAUUGGUCAGAGACGGUAAAAGCCCAUCCUUCCAUGGCAACGCUUCUUCGCGCGACCCACGGACAUGGGGCACGCGGUUGCUAAGCGACGGCGUUUUCGCAUACUAACGCACUAAAUAGUAUUUGAGCAUAGUGCGCUCGCGUGCGGGUUUGGCGUACUACUUAGUGCUGUAGUAUGUAGGGUUUAACAUAGCUUCAGCCACGUCCCAUUAAAGUCCAGGGGAAGUUUAAUACGUUGCGUGGGAGAAAAUAAAACUUUGUUAGGAAGUAAUUUCGUUUUGGAGUGUAAACACUUUUUCAGGUGGAAUGUAAACUUCUGGACUCGACAUGGAACUGGUUUUGAGGGACCUGGAAAUCCACGUUUUCAGUGUUUAUAUAUAUAUAUAUCGUAGAUAUUGAAUGCAAUGGCGCAUGAAAACGGCAUUUCCGGAGCCACGGAGUUGAUUAAAGAUCGAUUAUACUUUGCAACUCUCCGUGGAAAACCGAAAAGUACAGCGAACGCGCACUACUUCUGCACAGACGAUGAGUUUGUCUAUGAAAACUUCUACGCAGACUUCGGCCCUCUCAAUCUGGCCAUGCUGUAUCGAUACUGCUGUAAACUGAACAAAAAGCUCAAGUCUUUCACUCUUUCCAGGAAGCGCAUCAUUCAUUACACCAGCUACGACCAGCACAAGAGAGCCAACGCCGCCUUCCUGAUCGGCGCCUACGCUGUAAUAUACUUAAAGAGAACUCCAGAGGAAGUCUACCGAGCCCUGAUAUCUGGGACUAACGUGUCCUACCUGCCCUUCAGAGACGCUGGCUUUGGGAACUGCACCUACAACCUCACCAUCUUAGACUGUUUACAAGGAAUCCGUAAGGCCCUGCAGCACGGGUUCUUCGACUUUGAGACGUUUGACGUUGAGGAGUACGAGCACUAUGAGCGCGUAGAAAAUGGUGACUUUAACUGGAUUGUGCCAGGGAAGCUGCUGGCCUUCAGCGGGCCUCAUCCCAAGAGCAAAAUCGAGAAUGGAUUCCCUCUCCACGCCCCCGAAGCGUACUUCCCCUACUUCCGCCAGCACAAUAUCAGCGACGUGGUCCGGCUCAACAGGAAGAUGUACGAGGGAUGCCGUUUUACAGACGCCGGCUUUGCGCAUCACGAUCUGUUCUUCGUGGACGGCGGCACGCCGAGCGACAUCAUCAUCCGCCGCUUCCUGCACAUCUGCGAAACUGCCGAGGGCGCCGUCGCCGUCCACUGUAAAGCUGGCCUGGGCAGGACAGGCACCCUGAUUGGCUGCUACCUCAUGAAGCAUUACCACUUCACGGCUGCAGAGGCCAUCGCCUGGAUUCGCAUCUGCAGGCCCGGCUCGGUCAUCGGCCCCCAGCAGAACUUUCUGGAAGAAAAACAGCACAGCAUGUGGAUGGAUGGAGAUUUGUACCGGUCCAAGCAGCCAAGGCCGCGGCAGUUCCCGGAGAGAGACCUGGCUCACCUCAUCUCCAGCCUGGACGACGUUUCGCUCAGCAGCACCAGCCUGAACGCCCAGAGCAUCGACGAGAAUGACCUCAUGGACAAUAAUAUGGGCUUAACUCAGGGAGACAGACUGCGAGCAUUAAAGUGUCGACGUCCUCUCAGGUCUCCGUCCACUCUCAGUGGGUUACGUCCGAUACCUGGCACCAUUUCUCCCUCAAAGUCUUCCAAAGCUCCUCCUCUUUUCUCUGGCGGCCCUGUAACGAGGAGACAGGCUCGAAGCCCCUCGUCCGCUGCGAACAUGAAGAGCUUUAAACCCGGCUUGGCCCGCUCUCUCGGCAACCUUUACAGCCUGGACGACUUCGCAGACGAGGAAGGCGACACGUCCGCGCCGUCCUACCCCUCCCCUCCUCCUGCACCAUUCUCUCCAUCUUCACACCUCUCCUCCGGCCCUCCUCCACCCCGCUUCGGCUUCGGAUACCCCAUCCCGAAUUUCCAACAGGAAGUUAACAACAACCUCAACAAUCCUCCUGCUCCUGCGCUCAGGCCUGCGAUGAGAGGAACCUUCAGGCCAAACCCCAGACUUCCUGUUCCAGGCGUGCUCACAGGCCGCCAUCUUAGUCGCUCUAUUCCUUCCCUUCAGUCUGAGUAUGUUAAGUACUAACGCCGCAGUGAUGCACUGAAUCGUCGACUGGAAGAAAAUCUCUUCAACAAAAUGUCUACUAAAUGUCUCACGGACCGUUAGGUUCAGCAGGCAUGAUGGCAACGUGCUAAGGCAAACAAAUAAAUCAAUGGUUCACUGGUUUUCAUUUUCAAAACCUCUUGAUGUUCUUUAACUUUAUAUGCACUUCUUUUCAUUUUCAGCUUUUUUUUUUAGUCUCAGAAUACAUUUAAUAUGUUUGAGGUUUUCUCACGCUCGAGCUGAGUAUUUGUUUUUCUGACUGAAGGCUCUUGAGUUUUUUUUACACAGACCUCUUCUCAGGGCAGAAACAAAUGCGGUCAGUUAUGUGCGAUUAAUCAGAUGGUGAGGAAGCGGGAUUUUGGAUGCCUUUAGGUUUUUUUUUUCUUUUUAUUCCUGAUAUUUUUAUGUAUUUUAUUUUAAACACAGAUAUAUAGAAGCUAGAAAUAUCCAACAAUGAACAUAAACCAUUUUCUACUUCAAAAUUGAAGAGUCCCAUUGCUUUCUAGUUUUCAAAUGAGCCACUUUAUCUUCUUCUUCUUCUUUUUCAGUUUAUUGUAGAUAAUGUUCCCCACUAUAUGAGCGCUGCCAUGUUUAGAUCAUGUGACCACAGGGGUGGUCUAAGAAGGAAAUCUACUCAGUCAUCGGCUGCUGUUCUCCUACUAAUAACAUAGUGAAGUGUGUCAUUAUAUAAAAGAGAAAAUCAUCACAGACGCUCGCAGGCGCACGUUAUCAACUUUAUCUUUGGCAUAUUUCUACGAUCACGAUCACGUCUACUCACGUCUGGUCUGAGCAAGAGUGUGUACAUUUCAGCACAAACCGUUUUAACAACCUGAAAAGUGCUCGAUUUCUAGUUAAAUAGUCUAAAUCACUGUUUGGAAUGCUGAAUCUGAUCAGUCAGAAAGAUGUUGAUGAAUUUUAGUGAGAGUAGUGCCGGCUAGUUUGCUCAUUCACAGAGACUUGUAUGUUUGGUGAUUUUAGGAAACAUUCAGGACGUUUUCCAUCAUGGGAAAGUCUUCAAUACACAAGAGUUUUACAGUUUCUCCGUAACAUGACAAGCUACAUUUUUUUUAAACUUAUUAACUUCAAGAGAGAGGAAAAGAGAAGCUCUUGACAGAAUGAGUGAUUUUUUUAACUGUUAAAACGUAUGUGAGAACAGGAAUGAAUUUGUUCCACAACAUUAAAUGUAACUAUAAAUGGUUAAAAAGCAUGAUAUGUCUUCCUUUUGUCGUCGUUGGCAAACUAAUGUGGUAUAAGAGGAAUAAAACACUUCAGGAUGUGCUGUGUAGUAUAGACAGUGGUACAAACCAUAAUAAUAAAUGCAUAAUAAAAACAUCAAUAAUUAUAAUCAAGCACACACACACACACACACACAGACACAAGGAGCUUGUAUGAAGGUACUGCAGUGAGAAAUGCAACUAAGUUUCAGAAAAACAAGAUUCUGUCUUUUCUUUGGUUUUAGCUGCAGGAAUAAUUUUGAUUCUUUCUGCCCAAAAAUGAGGUUUAGACUAAAUAAAACUCCAAUGAGCUGUAAGAUGGCAGGUUUUUUGUUUGUGUGUGUGUGUGUGUGUGUGUGUGUGUGUGUGGACGCACGCCUGCAUGACACGUGACUCUCACGUAUUUUGUUACGACACUGUAAAGACAUUCUGAUUCGUACAACACAUUUUUGUACAGAUACUGAACUCUUGUAUUGAUUACUAAAAGCGAUUGGAAUUAAACGUACAUAUGAUUAACGGAUGAAACUUGUCCUUAUAUGAACAUCAAAUCAGUGUUACUACGGUAACAGUGAAAGUAGCGUGCUAAUUUGUGCAGAGGAGUCAGAGGAAGCAAUAGUUAGAAUUAUUUGCACCUGGGGGUAAACGUCCAGAAGUAUUGGCACCCUUGGAUAAGAUGGAUUUAAGUCAUUUAUAAGUAAAUUUAUUCAAAUGAUUGUAUCUAUCGUUACCAAGGGUGCCAAUAAAAUUCUGGACUGUAAAUCAUGU